CUUUGCUUAUAUACAUAUGCAUGUACAAUUUGCCGUUAUCCUAUUUUGGAGGAAUUUGAAUUCACAUACUUAUGUACACAUUUUCGCUGCUGUGAGUUUGCUCCGUCUUUGCCUUUUACUUGCCCACCAUUCGUUGGUCAGCAGCCGGAGUAACACACAGCAAAAUAAAGCGUUCCGUUCUUCGUACAAAAUAGUAAACCAAAGACUUUUAUUUUCCGUAGUAGCUGAAUUCUGAACGCGUUAAAUUUGUUAAUAGCGGACCAAUGACUACAAUUUUAUUUUGCUUGCGUUUUUUUGUCGUGAUGUAUUGUUUUUCGCGAAGUUUGUUUAAAAUUAAAUAGCCGCGCCGUAGUGCAUACUCGCUUUUGAUUGGGAAGUUGCUGCCACCGGUUAUCUGAUCUAAAAAUGCAACGUACUCCAACCCGAAGGGGUCCUCGGCUAAACCAACAAUUGCAAGCCAGCCAGAGCAAUAUGCACGCCAAUUUAAUUCUUUAGAGUCGAUCGCUGAAGAGUCAAUAUUCGCGACAAGCAUCAACGGUCGUGCCAUGGACACAACAACUGCCUUAAACACCACUACGUCUGAUGCCGACAGUGGAGUUAGUACAAUCCCAGGCACGGACGCUUACGCCGCCAAAGCUUCCAGAGACAUCACACCGGAUAUGCCAGCCCCUUCAGUCUUCGAUCUCCAAGCCAUGGAGCACCGGUUAGCUACGCUUGAAAGUAUUUUGAAAGCUACGCAAGUACAGCUAAGGAAGCGUGACCUACAAAACGAGACCCUCAGAGCAGAGCUAUGCGGAAGCGGUAGUUCCGCCGUUACGUACGCCAGUAGCGUAGUCGCGCAGUCGCAGCUAUCACUGCCGCAGUCAGCGCAAGCGCCACCGUUAGACGCGCAGUCUAACGCAAGUCAGCCAUUUGCUGAGUCCCGUUGUGGUGCCAGCUCACAGCCAAUUAUUUGCAGUACAAUUUCGACAGCAAAUUAUUUAUACUGUGCGUUUCAUGUUGAUGAUACGUACUAAUUACAUUCGCCGAACUUAUCGAUGCCGCCUACCAACGCCAACGUAUACAUGCCGUAUUCAUCGUAACCUGCCUUAAUGCCGCGAAAGUUGCUAGAUUUGCCGGAAUUUAGCGGACGACCUGAAGAGUGGCCUGUGCAGCAUUUACCGAAUCUACGGCAACUUAUGGUUACACUAACUUCGAUAACAACCAAUGGUUGCAAAAGUGCUUAAAGGUUGAUGCUCGCGAGAUGGUGAAGUCAUUGCUGAUUCACCCCGUCAAUGUUAGCUGUAUCAUUGAGCAACUAAAGUGUCGAUUUGGUCGCCCAGAGCAGCUCAUCCGAAGCCAACUGUUGCAGGUCGCUCCGAUUCCAGAGAACGCUUUGAGCAAGCUUAUUCCUUUCGCAACAAAAGUCAAACAUAUUUGUGUGAUUUUGCAAUCAGCCAACGCCGCUAACCCAAUGUUACUGGAUGACUUAAUCUCGAAGCUGACUAUGAGUAAGCGCAUCGAGUGGGGCCGGUAUGCCACCACCGUACAACCGCGCGCUACAACGGUGCAUUUUAGUAAUUGGCUCACCUCACUAGCCGAUGUUAUCUGCACAAUACAUGACGAAAGCCAGUUUGCCGGUCGCGACUCAAAACGUCCAGUACUGCUACAUCCUGAUGAAAGACAGCAGCCUCGAAAAUGCCCGAUAUGCCAGAGUCAGCAUAAGCCGUACGACUGUAAACGUCUCAUCGACUCUUUAGUGGCCAAUAUAUGGGCUGAAGUAAAAUCUCGACGUCUAUGUUUUGCGUGUUUGAAUGCUGGUCAUACCACACGUGACUGCAGACAACGAAAGGUUUGUGGGACCGGUGGAUGUAAUCGAUUCCAUAACAAAUGGCAACCGCCAGUGCCAUCGUCAUCGUCGACGAAGAAUACCACUCAACCGACUUCAACUCAGCUAUCGUCGCCGCCCCCAGUAAACAGCCGACAGUCUACCGAUACAGGAGCUGCAGUGUUAAGCUGCGCCGCCAAUUCAAAAGUAAGUAAGCUACUAUUCCGUAUACUUCCAGUUACAGUAUAUGGAAGACAACGCCACAUAGACACGUAUGCUCUAUUGGACGAAGGCUCUUCCAUCACCAUGAUCGACAACACUCUCGCCGAAGAGCUUGACUUGCGCGGACAGCAACACAAUCUCAACGUUCAGUGGUUCGGUGGCCAUUCCGUACAGGAGCCAGCAACCUUGGUUGACCUGUAUAUCAGUGGUGCAGGUAUGACAAAGAAGCACAAAAUGCAAAACGUGUACGCUGUGAAAAAUCUUCAAUUGCCAUCGCAAAGCCUUAGCCCCACUGACCUACUUUGCGGUGACAAACGAGUCCGUCAAUUGCCCGUACAGCCACAACCUGGUGCGGUACCGAGAAUACUUACCGGUAUCGAUAACUGCCAUUUGGGUACUGCAUCCUUCCUCCUAUUUCGAUGAGGAAAAAUGGACCAUACGCUCCCAAUACAGAACUGGGGUGGGUAGUGUUCGGUCCGACUAGCAAAAAUAUGCCUACGCCAUUAACAUGCCUUUUAGUUAAUAGAACUCCGGACGAGACACUACACAAAAUGGUUGCCGACUUUUUUGAAAUUGAAAGUUUCGGCGUUAGAGCUGCAGCAAGCGUUGAAAGUGAAGCUGACGUCCGUGCCAGGACUAUAUUAGAGUCGACAACCAGCCGCAUUGGUACAAGAUUCGAAACCGGACUUCUAUGGAAAGAAGAUAAUGUGCGUCUGCCAGACAGCUACAAUAUGGCGCUCAAGAGAUUGGUGAGUGUCGAAAAGCGAAUGAGUCGUGACGUGAGCUUCGCCGCCG